GGCGUUUUCUCGUAACCUUAAUUGCGCAUCUCCACUUCCCUGGAUCAUCUCGCUUCCUCGAUACCUCAUAUCUCUAAUUUUCUCAAAUGACGUUCUGCACCACGGACCUGACAAGAGUCUUCGCUCCGAAAGCGGACGGCCAAGCUAUGAGAGGAUUGCUCAGGAAUGGUGGCUUAGCGUCGUUACUUGGCUUUCCAUUUUGAUUCUCUUUUGUAACAUUUCGCCUGUGGAAGCUCCUCGCGCUGAGAUUGAGAUUCAAUGGCCCGUUGUUCCCUAGGAUUUGAGAGGGCUUGUCGAAGAGCAAUUGCACGCAAUGUUACUCUCACUUUUGGUGCAUGAAUAUUUAUUGGAAUUCAAAACUACAUUCUCUUUCCACAGCUCUGCGUAUACUCUCCACGAGAUGGAAAAUUACAACAGUAGUUCAGAAAUGGGUAUGUCACGACAUCUAUUAGCUUUCAGUUUCGUCCCGUUAUGUCUUCUAGCGACUGAAGAUACAUGUAAGGAUGUAGGCUUUAUUCCUGGUAAUUUCUCUGCAAUCCUUGACGCGUGUUACAUGUACAUGCAGACGAUUAUACCAUCAGAAAUUCCCAAUGUGCAAUCUUCAAUCCAUUCCAACUCGGACUCGUCUACGUAUCCGUUGAAAGAAUCCAUUAUGCUCAGUAUUCUAUCGACGUCUCCGGCAUCGGACACAGCAACCAUCCGUUCCUCAUUCACUGCGUCUCUUGUCGAAGCUUCUAUCACCAACUACUGUCCUUCCUUCUACCCUGACGUUCCAGCUAAUGAGAUGCAGCCCUCGAUCUCUAUUCUGUUGUCUUCAAUCGCAUCGAAGGAUGAUGACUCUCUGGCCACCGACUCUGAGGCUUCUUCAGCCAGCCUGACUCCUUUGAAUGACACUCCGACGACUACCUCUGCAGACACAUUCCCGAGCCUGACCCCUUCGCCUCCUCCAGUUACCAUGGGUGCUCCCUCGCCUCAGACCUCAGUUUCGAACCAACUGAAUCCGGUCUCGACUGCGACCAAACCGAGCUACUGCCGAGAGCAUACUAUACCUCGCCACCAGCAGAGCCUGUUAGUCGCUUCUUCUACGUUUGACUGGAAGCGACGGUGGUCUCAAACUGGAGAAGAGCAGGCGAGCAUAGACUUUGAUGGCGACGACGAAGUUGUCGUUUCGGCAUCAGCGGAACUAGACAUUACGAAGCGAAUGUACCUCACACUUAAUUCAACGUCCACGUAUGAACGUGAAUUCGCAUUCUGA